AUGACUAAGUACCAGUGGGGCGUGCUUGGCGGUGGUCAAAUGGGCUACGCUAUCAUUGCAGGAGCAAUUAAAAGCGGCGUUUUGGAUGGAAAGAGUGUGAUUGUCGGGGAUCCGUUUCGGACGAAGCAAAAGAGAGAAAAAUGGGCGUCUCUUGGUGCAACGUGUUUGACAAAAAAUGAAGAAGUGAUAACACAAGCAAAAUACCUUCUUCUUUCUGUAAAGCCUCAAAUGAUCAAGGAAGUGAAGGAAGUUCUAUCGAGCAUGAAGUCUGAUCAGACUGUCGUGUCAGUAGUCGCUGGAUGCGAUAUUGAAAAGCUCAAGGCUACAUGUGGCCAAGCAAAAGUGGUACGUGUUAUGCUCAACCAAGCGUGCCUUAUUGGACAUGGCGCAGCCGUACUCUGCCCUGAUAAGGAUGUGCCCAAGGUCGAUUUCGAAAUGAUCGAGGAGAUGUUCAAGGCGACAAAUGGAAGUGUAGAUAUUGUCCUGGAGCGAUCGCUGGAUGCUUUUACUGACGGAUUUAGAAUAACAAAAAAUUAA